AUGCCCAGUUGCUGUGACUUUGUCAUGGAUUCGAAACUCGGACUGUCAGAAAUUCAGAUUGUGGAUGGUUUCUUUUGGGAUGUAGGCACAGACAGUUCUUUCAAUGGGCAGUUAUGUGAAGCCAUAUGGUUUUGGUAUGGUUAGAUCAAAGGGCAAGGAUUAAUUUCACAUUUAUGCCUAUUUUCAAAUUUUUUGUAAAAAUUGCUUGAAUAAUAAGGGUGGUUUGGAAAACUUUGACGGUAGAGUUAAAGUGAAUUCUUAAUUGCCAAGCGUACAUUGGAAUUACUUGCUUAUCAUGGUGAGGGAAAAAAUUUGGAAGUUACAUUGAACUGACUGUGAUUAAGAAUAGUAGCCAGUAGGAAAAUGACCUUUUAAAGUUGACUUAAACACUCACAGAUCAACCAGUUUCUUUAAAUUUGUAUACUCAAGUGAUUUGGUGUGGUCCUCUAUCAAAGGAACAAUUAUUACUUUCAAUUGACUCAGUUUUACUUGUUUCUAUCCAAAGGGUUACACGAAACAGAUAAACCUGGCAAACUAUCAUCUGACCUAUUAAACAAGUUCAAAUCAGAUCCUGCAUUGACUUGCCUACAGCCGUUACCUGUGGGACAUAGCCUGCUUAGUGCACAAUCUUUCACUUCAAGUUCUGAGGAGAUGUCAACCUCACAAGAAAACAUUAAAUUAGCUCAGACAAGUGUCGUAAUCAAAGUCCCUGACAACAGCAGAGACCCUCUCUCACCCAGCAGUGGUGAUGAGGAUAUACUUUCUGAUGAUGAAACAGGCACUACCAAAGAUAAAAAGAAACGGAAAUCCAGGUGGAAGUGGAGUCCUUUGAAAAGGAUGAAAAAAAUAUUCAGAAGAAAGAAAAGCCCCACACGAGUUAAAUCUUGUGAGGAAAUUCCAGCAGAGCAUUACAAACCAACUUAUGGGGUCUCAUCACUGGAGGAUGAUGCCUCAUUAAGGAAUCGUACCAAGUCAGAACCUUCCUUAGCUGAGGCAAAAACUAAGAGUCCACAAGCUGUUGUUGAGUUGCAUGAAAGAAGAAACACUUUUGACAAUCCUGUCCAAACAGUGCAGAGUAAGCCUAUGAAUAGGGUAAGUAGUGCAGUAGGAGGUGGCUUUUUUCCAUGGGUGAAAAUUAUUUCACCUAUGGAAAGCAGAAACAGAUUUGUAGGCAGUGGGGAAACAAGAUUCCAAAAUUUGCCAAAACACAAUUAGGCUGGCAAAGGGUCUGACAUAAACCUUCUUAUUUUCUAACAUGAAAAGGUAGUACACAGGGCUCUAAUGUAGUGUAAGGGUUUAAGCCCUUGAUUACUCACUCCCUACCAAUGCUGUUCUUUUCUCCCUUUCCCUCCUUUUAAUGCUUUUAAUUUACAGUUUUGCAUGCCUUAGAGGAACACCAAAUAUACCCAAAAUUGUACCUGGUAGUGAUGGUCUCAAUUUUUUUUUUCUAAGCCAUGACACUGUUUCAGAGAUGAGGUUGAUCUUGCCAAGGAAGUUUUGUCUGAUAUCAUUAAUUAACCAGAGAUCAUAAUGAGGAAAAGGUGAAUAAUUCAUCUCUGCUUCACCCUUCCUCUCAUGUGGGGUUAGUGACUAAGUGCCUGUGUUGUAGGGGAGACUGCAUGCUUUCUUUUCUUUUUUCAGCCUUCUGGCGAACUAAUAAAAACCUUGGAAACAGAAGGUAAAAGCCAAGAAAGUAUAAGCAAGGUACCUUUCAUGUCUUCAGACAAAAUAGCAAGCCAAGUAGACUCCACUGGUCUGGGUUGGAAGAUAAUAAGUUCUGACAGUGGUACUGAAGGUAAGUUUCUUGAAUUCCUGAAUUACAUGUAUACGUCACAAGCAUUCUCCACAUGCUGGAUUAAAAUUGGCUUAAUUGAACAGAUAAGGAAGCUUUGAAAGUGCUCUGUUCUUUUUUAGAGCAUGCAAGAGCAGAAAGAGCAUGAAAAAAGUGUAGAGGAAAACACCAGAUUUGUUUGAGUGUUUGUCCCUACUUCUUGAGUGAAUCCUCUUUCUGUAUGUUUUACAGUCAAAAAGAGCACAUUCAAGGUUUCUUUGUUCAUUCUAUGACUAAGAAUCCAUCAAUUUCCCCUCAGAUUCUGAUUAUAUUCUCCAAAUGACAUCUAUUUUCUGAACUAGAAAACAUGUCAUCAGUGUCCCUCCCAUGAAAAAUACUAAUGUGAAAACUGCUGUUAGUCACAAUCUGUACAACAGUUAAACUUCUGUUUCAAAUGGACUGGAGAGGCCUUUUGGGUGAAGAAUCUUCACUUCUCAGUCACGAUUUUACCUUGAUUGAAAUAUAAGAAGCUGAAAAAAAUCUUCUUUUGAAGUCUUUCGAAAAAGUGAGGCUGCUGAAAACAUUCAAAAUUUUAAGUUCAAGUCUAAGGGAACUUUUAACUUGGAUAACAGUCAUCAAAAUCCCAUGCUAAACUUACGAACUCAGUUUACCCUAAAGCAGUUUUAAAUUAUUUGUUUUGAAUGCGCAUAUAUAUUGAACUUUGAAUUUUAUUUACAAGCAUGUUAGUUAAAAAUGCUACGUGAAAUGAUUUAUUUAGUGACAUCUUGCUCAUACCUUAAAAAGCAAAGCCAUUCCUUUGACAGAUUGGUCUCAUUGUUUACAGUUUGUCCCUACCCUUUGUUUUUAACAAGGGUAAUUCACAAAGGUAAAGCAGUAAUUGUAUUUUCUUAUUGUGUUCUCCAUGUGACUGUUUUUACUUUAUUGCAGCUGCAGUCAGUUUUGAAAAGUUGCCGAGUGCUUCAUCUUUAGAGGGACUUCAAGUUGCACGUGAUAGAAUAAAAGUUGCUCCAAAACACCGUAGACCACCCAGUAGAGCUCUCUCCAACAAGUCAUCCAAGAACAUGAAGGGGAAUCCACUGAAACCACACAGGCGGUCCAAAACUGAUCCACAAGAGUUUUCUUCCAAAUCCAGUACAGUUACAGAGUCCAUUGAAGGAAAGGGAAAUAGUGAAAAUUUCGAUGUUAUCAACGUUACAAUAUCUGAAGAUACAGAAAUAAAGAAUGAGCCAGGGAGGGAUGAAAUUGUGGCUGAGUUAAAAGCAAAUGGAACUGAAAUUCUCAAUAAGGCAUUGCAAUCUUCAACAGUACUUGAAAAGAAGGAAGAGAAUAAUUUGAUCUCCCCUGGUGACGUGUCCAAAGCCGAAGACAUAAUUGAAACGAAGGGUGUACAGGAACAGGAGACCACUGUGAGAAGUAUUGAAGCAUCCAUUAGAAUUGGUGAAGACAAUGAAGAUAAAAGUUUUAAUAGGAAUGAGAAAGAUACUACCAUUCCGAGCAAAGAAAGUGUGAAGACUCAGAAGAAAGUGUCUGAACCAAGAGAAGAAGUUCCCCAAAAAUAUUUCACAAGCAAAGAAACUAGUAGACCUUUUCUAGACCUUAAUAAGGGGUCUAAAUCACUCAAUAACUUUGAGAAAGACAGUGCCAUUCAGAGCAAAGAAAACCAGAAGACUCAAAAAAAAGAAUCAGACCUAAGAGAAGAAGUUCCCCAAAAAAAUUUUGCUGGCAAAGAAAUCAGUAGACCUUUUCUAGAUCUUAACAUGAGGUCCAAAUCACUCAAGAACUUUAAGAAAACAGAGCCAGAGGAGUCACCUGUGAAGUCACCACUGCAAAGAGGAUUCUCAUUAAAUAGCAUUAAACAGAAUGGUGAAAAAUCUCCUGAUCUGAAACUUGAAAAACUAGAGAAAAAUAGAAAACAAGGAAAAAACGUUGUUGAACAAAGUAAAAGUCUUGUUGUUAAGAAUUCAUCGCAAAUAAGUCAGGCCUGCAAAGUGCAAUCCUUGGCUUUUGUUCCUGCCUCACCAUCAAAGGCUUUUGAUGCAGACAAAUUACCCCAUAAAAAGGCUUCCAAUCAACCAGCCUGGAUAGCUUUAGCCAACAGAAGAAGUAAAAGAUUGUCACAGUUACUUAAUGACACUCAAGACAAUCAAGUAAGUGAUUAUGUAAAUAUUGCCCCCAACGUCCGGUUUUGCCGGUUUUAUUUUCUUUCCUAAACGCAUCAUAACUAUUGAUGGACCAUUUUAUAUCUUCGGGCGAUGAGGGUCAGUGCAAUGGAGUCCCAAGAUCGAGAGGUCUGGGUUCGAGACCUGGCCAGGUCAAUUGUUCUUGGGCAAGGUACUUAGCUCCCACAGUGCCUCUUUCCACCCAGGAGUUUAGAUGGGUACCAGCGAAUUGUCAGGGAAGUCUGAUGAAAUGCAGGGGUAAUCUUGCGAUGGACUAGCAUCCCAUCCAGGGGGGGGAGUGGUAAUACUCUUAGUCACUUCAUGUUAGGGAAACCAAUAUAAGCUCUGGGUAGGAGGGCCAAUAGGCUCGAGUACAAACUUUGGGGGAUGAAGCACUAAAUGAGCGUAGUAAUGAAUUAUCAUAGUUGUUCAAUGAAAUGUAUUACAUGUCUAUUUGAUGUCAGUAAGGUACUACCAUUCAUACUAAGGUAUACUGGUGGAAGGACUCGCAAAGAUUGUAAUAAGUGAGUUUCUUCAUUUGUUUCAGGUGUCACUGGAAAUGAAAAAAGAGUCUGCCUCUGCUGUGAUCUUACAGCCUAACAACCAAGGCGAUACAUCAGAUCCAUCUGACAAGAAAAAACCAAAAUUACCAGCUAAACCAGAGAGGCUAACUAACAAGACCGCUAGUAACGAUGUAACAAAUGAGACAGCCAAACCAGACAGGCAGACUUGCAAGACCACUUCUACCAAUGUAACAAAAGAGACAGAGAAGCGCAAAGCACUAAAUCAGUCACCUUCAGGUGGAAGAGAUUUGCCUCGAGAUAAGUGUGUGGUAUGUGGGAGGACUGUUUUCCAAAUGGAGAAAUGUAACUUUGACAGCAGUGUGCUUCACCGUCAAUGCAUCAAGUGCUCUGUCUGUAAGAGACUUCUAACGAUUGGAAACUUCGUUAUAGCUGAAAGCAAAGUUUACUGUAAACCUCAUGGAAAAGUGGUGUCUGUCUCUUUGUAAAUCAGAGAAUUCCUUGGUGAGAGGGAUACAGAGGCAUGCAUUAUAAUUACCUCUGACCUUGUACAGCACACUAGAAACUACUGGUAGCAAAUUAUUCCGUACACUCGCAAAUGAUAUACGAGAUGAAUCAUACUUUCCUUAACUACUAUAAACUGGAUAACAUACCACUGGUGCACCUCACUGUAGGGUUAUCACCUUCACAAGUUUUCGUAUGCACUGCACUGCACCAGAGGUAGAGAAGUUACUGCACAGUCAAAAAUGCACCCAUCACGGCACACCAAAUCACUACAGGUCGAAGCGAUCCAUCCCUCAAUGUAAUUUACAACUGCUAAGUCUAUUUUAUUUCGAUGCUUCUUAACGACCAAACGUCCUGUUUCACUUUUUGAGGACGAGACGAUUUUUCUGAGUCAGCUCCUAUAUAAUGGACAAAAGUUGUUUCUUUGAGUCCACCCGCAAAGUUAUUGGUAUCAUCCUUACUCAAACUUCAUACGACUAAUGAAACAUUGGUAGAUAUUAUAAUUUCUGCCUGUGGUAUUUAAUAAAACUUUAAUAUGCGGUAGUUCUAACUAGUCUAAUAUAUGGCGUUAUGAUGCCUUUUCUCUUUUUAUCAGAUAGAUAAUGGAGGUGUUUUCUUUAUAAUGAAUCAACAAUCAUUCGGUGUUGAUAUCUGUUGACGGAAUUUAUUAAACGAUUUUAUCUUCCUCAGUGACUGGGAAAGGGUCCAGCUGGUCAUACUUGAUUCAACUAGGUAUCAGUGACAUGGAAUCGCGGUGGCCAUAAUAUCAUGUAAAAUUGUUACCAUAACAAUUUUGACGUAAGGUAAACAGAAACUGCGGUUGUUGUAUAGACCAGCGCUGGCUUUCACUAAAAACGUACAGUCCCGCUCUUGAACUGCUACAAAAAACGGCAACAUUUGAGUUAGAGACAAAUCUUUUCUCAGUAUUAGCAAAGAGGAAAAAUAUGUGUGGAUGCUCAAUUGAAAUGGCUACUCCUGGGACUUACUUUAUCUCUUGUAGUGAACAGGUAGCUUGUUCCAGUCACGGGGUCGUUAUAUGAAGUAUUUAUUUUUAUAAUGUUAUACACCGCCAUAAUCGAUAUGUAACUACUAGUAAUCAAAGACCGUGAGAAAAGUUCGAUUCUUGUUUCCCCAUCUGUUAUAGACCUCAACAUAGCUGAGCAAUAAGAGGCCAGAAGCUUCAUGUAUCGUUUUGUAUCCAGAUUGAUUUGACACCCUGACAUCAGCAUCUAUAUUUUCUAUACUAUUCUCGACACAUUUCCUCUGUUACUGACAAAGAGAAUCUGUUCAACAAUCACAGCUUCUCGGGUUGGUUAUCAUUUCCUUUAGUCUCGUGAUCUUAGUAAAUUACCUAGC